CUGCUAAACGCGCUCAAUGAUCGCGGUUCAUGGAAACAACUAUUCCGGUAACCGAAUUCCGUUGGACCGGAUUCAAGAUUCGUCAUCCGAUGCAGCGUCUAUUUAUCUCGUGCACCGUGACGUUAACGAAACUCUGAAAAUACAACGAAGUCUCGCGUUCGACGCGGUUAUGUUCGCGACGAGAUCCGAGAUUCGAGAUCCGACUGGUAGAUAUAAAAAACAUCUUUUUCUUUCCCCUUAGUCGCAGCGAUUCCAGCGAGUCGUCGUCGUCGUUGCCGUCGUUGCCGUCGUUGCCUCUUUAAGCGGAUAAAAUCCCUUUUUCUCAAGCCGCGCGCGUUUGUUUUCGAGAGUGCGAAUAUCCGGGGACUGUGCGAAAUAUGUGUAUACGUUCGAUUCGAUAAUACGUUCGGCCGCGAAAUAUGUCAUCGGACACGACGGAUCCGGACGGGAUUGUCGAGCGCACGGAAUAUACGCACGAUGGCUAUCUCGUCGACGAGAUCGACCGCGUCGAUCUGUCGGACUUGCAACUCGACGACAACGACGAUUGGUUGUAUAUGCCUCUGCAAUGUUCAAUCGAAUCUACAAUUCAUGAUCUAUACACCUGGUUGAAGACAGAACCGGAAUUGGAUGUAAAAAAUAACAAAAAGUGCAUCGACACAAGAACAUUUACAAGACCUAAAAAACGGUCAGUUCGAAUGAGUUUUGAAUCAAUUUUUGAAGGAUUACCCCCUUCUCCCACGACAACGACAUCAGAGAUACAAAAUAUAGAUGUUACGCGCACAGAAAAUGUGGGAAAAUAUUUACCUGCAACAAUGGGAGACAAAGAAUCUGUGCCACUGAUGCUAAAGUCAUCUGCUAAAACAGCUGUAAACAUUUUAUCCAACGACAACUUUUCCAUAAUAUCAGGCCAGGAAAGCAUGGAAGCAUUUUUGAAUAUGUCGCAAUCCAAAGGAAUUGAUUCGUUCAUAAAUUUAGGCGAACCUGAAUUCAAUGAUCCAUUGAUAAAUAUGUCGCAGCCCUCUAUUUUGUAUGCAUCUAUUAUCUCGCCUAUAAACGAGUCCACAUUUGUGGAAAAUAGCACAAUAUCAGUAACAAAUAAGAAUGAAACUCAAAAUGAUGUAAAAGAAGAGUCAAACUUUAAUAGUAUCAAUGAAACAUUCGUGAUGCAAAACGCUGAUGAUACGAUUACACUGGACAAAAUGUAUUGCACAAAUACUCUGAGCAACAUUUCCAAAGAAUCUGUUCAAUUGGAUAAAGGCUUGAACGAAACGUAUGACACUAAAACUAUCGAGACGUCAGUAUCGCGAUCGAGUCUCAACAAAGGAGAAAUAGCCACUUUGUCUUCCACUUUUGUAACCGAGCCUAAGGCUGACGCGACCUUCGUACAACUACCGAACGAAGUGAAUAAUGACGUUAAGCCAUUAGAUACUACAUAUCUAUCUUCGGCGAAGGAUGCCGAGAAGGGAAAUUCGCCCGUAUCGAUUGAGAGCGAUACGUACAAGCCUACAAUACAACAAAUGGAUCUGAACGUAACGUGUGAUAUUCCAUCGGCCGAUUCCGCGGCAAACAUCUUAGAUAUAUCUUUCAAGGUGCCUAUUCAUAAUCAAUCCACGCCGAUGAAUCCAAACAUGUUGAAUUCAAUAUCGAAACUCGCUGCAAAGCACCUCGAUCAGCCGCGGCAAACUAUGUACUCCACGCUAAAAGCUCCCACAUCGUUAAGGCGAGAAUUGCUGGCAGAGAUUCAACGAAGCGACGAGCGCAAAUGGGAUUCUACAUAUAACCACAUUCCCAGUGAUCAUCUCGGCUCAAGAGAUGCAAAGGAGAAUAUUCGUGUAGUCUGUAACGAAAAUGAGACUGACGUUCUUCCAUUGAACAGAUACCAGACAUAUAAAAAGUCGGUAUUGACAAACCAUUGUAGAAGCCAGAAGGAAAUCGCUCAAAGAGAAUUACCAGCAGACCAAUGUAAAUUUUAUACUUUCACAAAAAAGAGCAACAACAAUCCUGUCGAAAAGACUGAUGCUAUUUCCAACGAGAACACCGAAAUGCAUCUAAACAUGGACAGCACAUUCUGCAAACCUCUGCCGCCAAAAACGCAGCAAAAAAGAAAUGUACCGAGAAUGCUGUCAAAAUUACCAAAGUUUUUACAAAAGUCCAAUCCCAAUCUCGUAUCGAGUUCGCUGAAGGCCGCCAGCGGCGCGUCCGCUGGUUACGCGAGCAUAUCCAGCGUGGGAUAUAUCAAAGGCUCGCAGCCCGAUAUCGUGCAAAGAGACAUCGUGGAGAGAUCGCAGUUAUCGAGCAGGUUGCAUCCGUACAGCAAGUUGAAAAGCGAUUCCGAGCAACAGUUGCUCGAGCAGGUUAACGCGAAUACCAAUAUCCAGUUCCCGAUAAAGAGUGUGAUAACCACCGGCUCGACGGAAAGCAUAGAGAGCACUCAGAGCGCCCAUAGCGCUCCUGAUCUGGACGAUAGACUCAGCACGUGUUCUGACAGCAGCAGUCACAAUUCAUGCCACAGACGCACAAUGAAUAUUGAGCAGUUACAUCAACUAGUACGAAUGCAGGAAGAAAGUUUAAAACAGGAUUCUGCGCCCAAACCGCAUAUACGAGUACUAGAAAAUACUUGGGUCGAGGUGAAGACGGAUCUACCUUCCCCGAUUCUGAAAAAUGGCGUAGAAUACGGCGAAAUUGACAGACACUCACAAAAUACCGAUUUAAAAAUGAAAUGUAGCUCUCCGAUAAUGAGUCCUACUGGGCCUAGUCAUGCAUUAAACAACGACGGAAAUCCUGAAGACAAUGUAACAAAAAUCAAGGAUGAAGUUGUGGUAGCUGAAAAGACAGAGGGUCCGAAUCAAGUAGUAUCUAAAAUUGAGAAUAAGACUCGGUUGAGACAACCGACCAAUUGGAGUGCCGGAAGCAAGCCAGCUGCUGUGAUAAGCGGAAUUCCUAGACCCGCGUCGCGUAUACCAGCUCUCAGAUUCGUGCGGCCAAAUGCGAAGACCGCUCAAGCCGAUCUGAGAAAGGGAUACACGUGAAAUUCCGAACGGUAAAACAAAACAUGCAAAAAGGUAUUAAAGAUAAAGAUCUUUACUCGAAUAUAUAAUUUAAUACCACUAACGUGGCUAUUAGAGUAACGGGAAUAUUUUUAGUUCUAUUUUGUAAUAACAAUAAAGUUUCUCGAAGCUGAGAUAAAAAUUCAGUAUUACUGAGCUUCCAAAUCGAACGAUGAGAAAGGAUUAUUAAUAAUAUUUACAUGUUUGUUUGUUUGUUUGUAUUACAUUUGUAAAAUUAGUAGUGUGAAAUUUUGUGUGUCAUAUUAUUAUUAUUCCUUAAAAUGCAUAUAUGUGCAUCUUUUGUCAUGAUUCAAAACAUCAUUUUCUUGCUGAUACGCAUUAAAAAAUAUUUCAUCUCAUGUUAUUAUACAAAUUUGUAAAAUAUUUCAAAAGUUUUUUAUCCCAUAUCAAUAACUAUGAUAAAAAAAGCCGGGUCUCUCUUUUGGGAGAAAAAUCAUCAGAGUUGUGAAUUUUAUAAUUGCCAAAACCAAAUUCGUAUUGAUGUUGUUUGUAAUUUCUAUAGGAUGUAGGAAUUUAAAUUUCUAUUCGGCUUUUUAUACGAAAAACCGAAGGAAAGCACUGCUUUUUACACAAUGGUCAGUACAAACAACAGCGAUAAAUCUAAAGCCCUUGUAUAUAAGAAUAAUAUAUAGCAUUAGAGAUUAUUUAAGUUAUUUUUUGUCAAAUGAUAAAUGACAAAUCGGCCGCAAAUUUUAGAAAAAUCUAUACGAAAAAAGAGAAAGACUACAUGUCAUUAAGACAUUCAGUCUUCAGCUCCUGUCUCCGUCCCGUUUGACAGGGUGAACACUUUCUUUUCGCAAUAAUAAAUUCGUAAUAAUCCUCCGUUUUUGCCAAAUCGUCUGACAUAUCGUAUCACAUAUUUGCAUUGUACAAAGAAAUUAUAAAUAUAUAAAGAAAUUAAAGAUUGAUAUAGUGAUAUGUAAGAAAAUUGUUUGAUCUGUGCGUUCAUAUCAUCAUUGUUCAGUAUCUGAAUAAAUCGACCAUUAAAACAUUGGUAUCCUGCGAAUUUAAGUCCGAUGGUUUUGAACAGAAAAAUAUUUUGUGAUUUCACAUAUUUUUUCGCAUGUAAAUAAAUAUGCAUUUUGUAGAAAGUUUUCGCUUUUAUCUAAAUUGUUUUUCUGGACUUUAUAUUCAGCACAUAAUGAACAAAUAACAAUUUUCGUACGCUUUGCUUCGUUAUUCACUAAGAAAACUCACAAACUUCUAAUUUAAUAUAAAUAUCCCUAACAGAAAAUUGUUAAUUACGAUUAUUAUAUGCCAUGGCAAACACAUAUUAAAUAUGUUAUUUAUAUAUUAAUAUAAAUAAUAUUUUUAUCAUGGAAAAUGUAUUAUAAUAUUCUAUUGAACGAAAUAUUCUACAAUUAAAUUGAGGGAAUAUUUAGUUGAGCUCUUACAUGUUACUGAUAUAUUUAUUCUAUAGAAAGCGUAAAACGCUAAUGCAAGGUAAUUUUAAUCGCGAAACAGAAUUGAGAAGUAAUGUGUACGCCAAUUGUAAAUAAUAAAAUGAGAAAGUGAUCGUCGUGUAUUGUAAUCUUUAUUUAUGUCAAUAAGAGUGCUAGACCUGAAGUGCCUUUAUUGUAUUAAUCGAGAUACAAACAGCAGUCGUUUAUACAUAAAAAUACAAAAACUAAGAAAAUGCGCUCACUAAUCUAACAAGUUUACUGCCCAAAUAAUGCUGGCAAUAUUUAAUGUUACCUCUUUUUUAUAAAUCUUGUAAUAAUAAAUAAUAUAUGUUAUUAUAC